UGUGCGGGGCGGGGACACACCUGCAGAGAGAAACCUGAACCUCCCGGAAAAAGGUUUUUUUUUUCUUCUGCUGUUUCCUCGGUUUCCCUCCGUCAGGACUCACACCAACAGGUGGACAGAGAGAGAAUCCACGCAGGUACACUUUCACGACGAGUGGGUUCUUCUUUUAAGAAACGCCACGCGACGUUUGACUUGGUCUUCAUCUGUUACCUGUGUUAGUUUUGUGCGCUCGUCCUGAAGUCUUCAUUCAAGGAAAGGGAUUGUCUCCUGAAGACCAGACGGGCCUUCAGUUUCACCACGACACACAGGUCCAGGGUGGUUCACAGACUUCUGGGAGUUAAAGGAAAAAAGCAAGAAGAGGAGUUGUUUGGAGGGGAUAAGGAGUGCUUCAGGUGUUAGAGGUCUUUUCUUUAUUAUAGGAGUCUAAUCCAGGCAUUAAUCCCUCAUGGACUACAUGGACAGUGGACUGAGAUACACCCCAAAGUCGGACAAAGACUGGGACACCUCCGUGCAGUUCCUGCCCGCUUCAGAUAACAAAAAGCUUGAAAAGACAAGACGUCCGGGAAAGAUCGGGGCUGUGAUCGGCGUGGUGGUCUUUGCUGCUGUUAUCGCUCUGAUGACCGGACUGCUGGUCUGGCAUUUCCACUUCCGUAAAGAUGUGCGCACCAAGAAGAUGUUCAGCGGCUCCAUGAGGAUCACCAACCAGGUGUUUGAAGACGCAUAUGAGAACCCCAACAGCACUGAGUUCAAGAUUCUGGCCAAGCAGGUGACUUCACAGCUUAAAGGCAUCUACUCCAAGAGUCCACAGCUGGCCAAAUACUAUGUUGGCUCUACAGUCCAGGCUUUCAGUGAAGGCAGCGUUAUUGCCUACUACCUGUCCGAGUUCAACGUCCCCGCUGGCCAGGAGGCAGCUGUGGACCAAGCCAUGACCUCAAUGGACAAGCUCGUGGACAAAAAUCAGCGUAGCCUGUCCAGACCUGGGAACUCUCUGGUCUUUGAAGACGUGGUGUCUUCAGCUCUUGAUGCACGCUUGACUAUAUCAUCAUUCGACAGCUUCUUCAACUUUGUAGAACACGCAAAGGCUAAUGAAAUCGGACGGAUCCAGUCCCCUGGCUUCCCUGACCGUCCUUAUCCCAGCAACACCUUCAUGCAGUGGCGGCUGAGAGCAGACCCCGGCUACGUCAUCAAGCUGGACUUUGACACGAUGAACCUGGAGGAGGAUUGCAAGAAUGACUUUGUCAAAAUAUACGACUCCCUGGUGGCGAUUGAGAGUCGUGUGAUGGAAGAAAUGUGCGGCUACUACUCGCCUAGUGAACCCCUGACCUUCGUGUCCUCUGGUAAUGUCAUGCUGGUGACGAUGGCCACAAAUGAGAAGAAGAACUAUCCGGGUUUCAGAGCAAGAGUCUCACAAGUCCGUGGAGGAAGUAAAGGUAUUUCAUGUGGUGGACAGCUAACAGGAGAUAAAGGAAGCUUCACCACCCCUAACUUUCCCAGCUACUAUCCUCCAAGGAAACUGUGUCAGUGGACGAUCCAGGUCCCUGAUGGUAAGGCGGUGAAGCUGACUUUCAAAAAGUUCUUCCUGUCUGAGCCCGGGCAGGAAAACCAAAAGAGCUGCCGCAAAGACUUCGUGGAGGUCAAUGGAAAGAAACUGUGUGGAGAACAUCCUGAUGGAUCAUUGACUGAAACCAGCAGCACCAACACAAUGGAUGUGAAGUUUUACUCUGACUCCUCCUACGUGGACCGAGGUUUUGACGCUGCGUACGAGGCCAUUGACGUCAAAGACCCUUGUCCAAAGCAGUUCCAGUGCAGAAACCAGCGCUGCAUAAAGACAGAGCUCAGGUGUGAUGGAUGGAACGACUGUGGAGACAUGAGUGAUGAACUGAACUGCAAGUGCAAUGCGAAGGAUAUCGCCUGUAAAAACGGAUUCUGUAAGCCCAUGUUCUGGAAAUGUGAUGGUGUGGAUGACUGUGGAGACCGCACAGAUGAGGAGGACUGUGGUGGAUGUAAAUCUGGACAUAUGAAAUGCAAGAAUGAUAAAUGUGUGUCUGAGAAGACUCGCUGUGACGGCAGGAACGACUGCGGGGAUGGAUCGGAUGAGCUUGACUGCGGACGAACCGCUGCUACUAGCUGCACUGAUCUCACAUACAAAUGUAAAAACAAUAAAUGCAUCAGUAAAGUGAACCCAGAGUGUGACGGGACACCGGACUGUGAAGAUGGCUCUGAUGAGGAGAACUGUGACUGCGGGAGAAGUAUGUUCAAGACGUCUCGUAUUGUGGGCGGUCAGGAUGCAGAGGAGGGGGAGUAUCCCUGGCAGGUCAGCCUGCAUGUUAAAGGUUACGGUCACGUGUGUGGAGCGUCCAUCAUCAGUCAACGCUGGCUGGUCACUGCUGCUCACUGUGUGCAGGAUGAUGGAAAGACAAGAUACUCCCAGCCGGGCACGUGGGAAGCUUACCUCGGUCUCCACACGCAGAGAAAGAUUGGCAGCACUGUGGUGAAGAGGAAUCUGAAGCAGGUCAUAUCCCACCCCAACUACAAUGCAUACACCUAUGAUAAUGACAUCGCCCUGAUGGAGCUGGACACUCCUGUCACCUACACCGACUACAUCAAGCCCAUCUGCUUGCCGGCUUCCCAGCAUGAUUUUCCUACUGGGAACCAUGUGUGGAUCACAGGGUGGGGCGCCACAAGGGAAGGAGGGUUUGCUGCAACCGUGCUCCAAAAGGCCCAGGUUCGAAUCAUCAACAGCACGGUGUGUAACAAAUUGAUGGACGGGCAGAUCACAUCUCGGAUGUUGUGUGCUGGAGUUCUGAGUGGAGGAGUGGAUGCUUGUCAGGGAGACUCUGGAGGUCCUCUGUCCAGUCCAACCGGCUCUCGUUCGUUCCUGGCAGGAGUGGUCAGUUGGGGAGACGGCUGCGCCCGCAGGAACAAACCUGGCAUCUACACAACAGUCACCAAAUUCCGUGGCUGGAUCAAGGAAAAGACAGGAGUGUAGUUUGCUGCAAAAUGAACAAAUCUAUCCAGAGCAUGGACAUAAACUUGGACUGAUAAGUUCUAGAGUACUGAUUUCUGCUGCAGUGAAGCCACUCUUGACUUCCCCUGGCAGUGAAAGCUGUGGAAAAUCCUCUACUCUCCUGAAGAGCAGUUUAUGUCCUCUGCAGUUUUAUGAGGAUGCAAUUGAUGAAAUGAGUUUAAAAUGUAAAUACAAUAUUUUAUUUUUGUGUUUUUUUUGUUGAUGUUUUUGUCUGAAGUGUGUUUUAAUGGAGAACAAUGUUAUCUGCUGCACAAGAAAUAGAUUUUAAGCACCACUGUUACAUUUAUUAUGAAACAUGCAAGCUAGUGUCCUGUGUUUAAUCGGUAGCCAUCGUAAGAAUAUCCCACCACUUUCUCUUGUUGUCUUGUUCUGAUUUUACAAAAACAAAUAACAGCAAGCUCAGUCCAUCCUACCUCCUAUGGCUUGGUAUUUUAUGAAUUUUAUUACUGAGUUUGAUUCCAGCAGAGAUCCCUGAAAGUUACUGAUGUGAUUGUUCACCUUGUAGAGCAUUUUUCUUCUCAUGAUAAAUGGUGUUUCAUUCUGACGGACGUGAACUGCUUCUCUAACAUAAACACAGAGUACAGUAAAAUCUGUUUUCUGGUUUUAGUCUUUUAUUUUUAAUGUGAUCUCUCAGCUAUUCACAACCAUGUUAGUGCAGUCUCAUUUUAAACUGUGUAAAUGUGUAUUUUAUAGCAGAUGUUUUUGAAUAAAAAUUUCUAAUUUAA